AUGCCUGAGCCAAGGGAGAUGGACGCGAUGGUACAUACCGUCGGGCCAGGAAGUAUAGUUUAUGUUUUAGGCAAGUACGAGGAACGAGCACGUGCCUACAACGACGUCUAUGUAAGAAUUAAGUUACACGCUGACCCCAAUUCAGAACAGUGUCCAGACUUCGCGUCCGCAGAGUUUCAAAGUAGUCGCGCGCCCCUCUUGAGCCCUACCAGCGACGAUGCUCAAGCUGCGGCCACCUUACGCACCAUUUGGACUGCAACCAACGCCACUCUCAAAGCUAAAUGGCAACUUCAGCUCGAUGCUGAAGCUUUGGAACUCACAGAACAACAGCGUCUCCGAGACGAAGCCGAGGCACAACGCCUCGAGGCUCAGGCUCAGCUCGACGCCACUACAGCAGACGAAGAUCGGAAGAAGAACCGGAUCCAUCACAUUCCCAUUCCUAGUCGACCACGCCCUAAACGCGCUGCUGAAUCUUUUCUGGUUUCGGACUUUGCGUUACGCAAACUAGACAAGGCUCAAUUCGUCGAGCUAUAUUACUGGACCAAUAAAGGCCUCGCAGACGCUCGUCUGAAUUUCCUUACCACCGACGACGACAGCAUGGUACCCUCAGCGGCUGCGGACGGCUCUACCUCGUGGAUUGCCGCAAGUGUGGCUCGCCCAGCAGCGGGGGUUAUUGCUGACCACCUUCUUGCGCCUCUUGACUUCUCUCGCGCCAUUCCUCGCUUCAUUGCCUCGUUGGAGCAGCGAGGUUGGGAAGACUCACGUAUCGUUAUGUUAGCCAACUUCUUCGGCGCACUGAUGUUACAUAACUAUUGGUGCUCCGACAACGCUUUAGAGCAACGAGCUCUCCUCGCUUACGAGGAGGAUCAGCGUCGUGCAUGGCACCAAGCAAUUCCUUUGGCCUCCGGAGCCUGGGAUAUCAGCAUUCUAGACGAAACGGAGAUUUCUCAGACGUUUGACCGCCUGUAUCACAGUGAACGAGACCGAGCUGACCGUGAAUUCGAUCUAAAGAUUUUCAUCAUCCCAUGCCUUUAA